GUGUGUGUGUGUGUGUGUGCGUGCGUGUGUGUGUGAGAGAGAGAGGUAGGGAGGGAGGCUGACGGCGCAGGAGUGUGGGAGGGGACGCUUCCAGCCCCUCACGCCAGUCUGGUAUUGAUUCCGGCAGGAGGUGAAGGGUCGGUGUUGCGUCUCGUGGUCGGCGUCCACACCCGUGCUGGUCCUCCCACACGCCCAUCAGGAGGAAGCUUACUGACGCAGGGCGCGGUGUGUGGCGGGUGGUGAUGAUGACGGUGAGGUUCCACGGACGGCGAGUGUUGGUGUGCGUGGUGCUCCUGGUGGCCGGCGGCGGCGUCUACCAUCUCUUCUCUCUCAACACCCUCACUGACGUCCACGACCGAGUACUGCUUAGGGCCAUAGUUCACCGCGGGGUGUACCAUGCUGACAACGCCAAGCCCAGCCCCGCCCACCUGGCGUGUCAACACCCGAUCCUGGAUGUGAAGAACCCGGAGAUCUACCGAUUCUUCCAGCACAUAGACCCCGUCCGGUGCGGCGGGGAGCCGGAGUGGGUGGCGGUGCGGGGCGCCGUGGCCGCCAUCACCAAGACGGCGCGCGACGCCCACGGAGACGUCGAGUGUUCCUUCACAGAGGUGGUCCGUGACGGGGACGACGCCAACAAGCGGGGCCUGACCACCACCACCCACGACACCUUCACCCUCACCAACACCGACUUCUACAGCGUCUCCUGCACCGCCAAGGACGGCAACACCUGGGACACCAUCAUCGCUGGGAUCCGCUACGACGAGGACAUCCGCGCCCAGGCCUCCUCGUGUAAGAUAAUGACUGAAUUGGUUAUCCCGGCAGGCAAGACGGAGUUGGAACUGCCGGAGACUCGCCGGAGGAUGGGGGACAAGGCCCAGUUCGUCAACGCCUAUCCCUUCAUCUGGAACGACUUCAAGAAGAACGGCUACGUCACCCUGUACGCGGAGGACCAGGCCCACAUAGGCACCUUCCAGUACCGGCUGCGGGGGUUCGACAAGCCGCCCACCGACCACUACAUGCGACCCUUCUUCAUCAGCGCCUACCCGGAGUUCAAGACCAACCCCAAGCUCUGUCUCAAGGCCACUCCGCGCCACAAGGUGUUCUUCAACUACGUGUACGACUUCAUGAACGAGUACAAGACGGAGCCCAAGUUUGCCUUCGCCUUCCACUCGGAGUUGUCUCACGACGACUUCAACCUGGUGUCCGUGGCGGACCAGGACCUGCUCGACCUGCUCUCCUCCCUCAGGCGCGACGCUCACCUCAACAACACCAUCCUCGUUGUCAUGAGCGAUCAUGGCCACAGGUUCAGCACCAUCAGGGGCACCCAGCAGGGCAAGCAGGAGGAGCGCCUGCCCGUGAUGGCCAUCGUGCUCCCCAAGGCCUUCACAGACACCUACCCGUCCGCCGCUGAUAACAUCAGGAUGAACGUCCACCGGCUGACCACGCCCUUCGACCUGUUCCCCACCAUGCAGGACGUUCUCCACUUCCAGGGGGCGCGGCUCGGCCAGGUCUCGGACAGAGCAAUCUCACUGUUUAGUCAGGUGCCGACGUCGCGGACGUGCGCAGACGCGUACAUAGAGCCUCACUGGUGCGCAUGCUUGAGCUGGGAGCGUGUGAGCGUGGAGGAUGAGCGUGUGCAGCGUGCAGCCCUUGCUCUGGUGCACUACAUCAACACCUACACGGCGCCUCACCGCUCACUCUGCCACGAGCUCACCAUACACAAGGUUACCUGGGCCGGCAAGCUGCUUCCCACUAAAGGUAUGUCGUACAAGAAGAACGCGGACACGGACGGGUUCGUGCCGGACCUGACGGACGAGACAGCGGUGAGCGAGGUGGUGUACCAGGUGCACCUACACACCGCCCCGGGACACGCCCACUACGAGGCCUCCCUCGCCUACAACAUCAGACUCGACACCUUCUCCCUCAAGAUAGAGGACGUGAGCCGGACCAACAGGUACUACGACCAGCCCCACUGUAUCUACAACACCUACGAGCAGCUGCGCAAGUUCUGCUACUGCAGGGAGCCGCCUCCCGCCCCGCCCCACGACAAGAGCUGAGGGGGCCGCCCCCAGCAGCGCCACCUGGAGGGGUAGACGGUGGUAGGGGGGUCUGGGGCAGGGGGUCAACCCCCUUAGGCUGCUACACCUACUUCUGCAGGGGUUGGGAUGAGGGGGGGGGGUUACUGGGGCGUGUCUCGACCCCAGCUGACCCCAGCUGGGGGAGGAACACCAGUGUUCACUAUUGUUCUCCUAGAACUGAGACGUUACAGAACAAUGGUCGAUAUGUUCUUCAUGAACGCGAGUAGUUAUGCACUAAGCAUGUGACAAGCAGUCAGGUUGGUAAGAUAACUUGACAGGUGUCACCUGUGACACUGAUGGGUCAGUAGACCACGUCACCAGGAGCACCUGUGACGCGUGACAUGUCAUGGUUAAGGUGGUGACGCCGUGUGUGACCCGCGGGGGAGGGGGGGGGGACAGUUUUUCUUAAGUAAAUACUUAACCGUACUGUCUGUACAUAUAUUUUGUAUAGUGUAAUUAUAUACUUGUGUUUACACACACACACACACACACAUAUAUAUAUAUAUAUAUAUAUAUAUAUGUGUGUGUGUGUGUGUGUGUGUGUGUGUGUGUGUGUGUG